CGCCGUUGGAGCGCGGAGCCGGGGGGCGUCGGCGGCGGGGCCGGUGCCGGGGGGGCUGCCCCGGUGCGAGCGCGGCGGCGGCGGGCGGAGAGAUGGUCGCGGAGUUGGUGAGCGGCGCCCUGGGGCUCGCCCUGUACCUCAACACGUUGGGCGCAGACUUCUGCUACGACGACAGCCGAGCCAUCAAGACAAACCAGGACCUUCUGCCAGAGACACCGUGGACGCAUAUAUUCUACAAUGACUUCUGGGGAACACUUCUCACUCACAGUGGGAGCCACAAGUCAUACAGACCUCUCUGCACGCUCUCCUUCCGCAUCAAUCAUGCUGUUGGAGGGAUGGACCCAUGGGGCUAUCACCUUGUAAACGUCCUGUUGCAUGCUGCAGUCACAGGCCUUUUCACAAACUUCUCCAGGAUCCUCUUUGGGGAUGGGUACUGGACCUUGAUAGCAGGUCUGCUGUUUGCGUCCCAUCCGAUCCACACUGAAGCCGUAGCAGGGAUUGUGGGGAGGGCAGACAUCGGAGCCUGCCUCUUCUUUCUGCUUUCCCUGAUGUGUUACGUGAAGCACUGCUCUACGAGAAGUUCCUCAGCUAGUACUUGGGGCUGGAUCUUGGGAACGGGAGUGUGCGCUGGGUGCAGCAUGCUGUGGAAGGAGCAAGGAGUAACUGUUCUGGCAAUUUCAGCAGUGUACGAUAUCUUUGUAUUUCAUCGGCUGAAAAUGCAUCAAAUCAUUCCUGCUUUAUACAAGAGGAAGAAUUUAAGCCUUUUCUUCAGCAUUGGAUUAUUGACCUCCUGGGGGACUGCACUGCUGGGUGUCCGCUUAUACUGGAUGGGCAACAAGCCCCCAAGUUUCUCCAACUCUGACAAUCCAGCAGCUGACUCGGACAGUUUUCUCACACGAACGCUCACCUUCCUUUACCUGCCGACCAAGAAUCUCUGGCUGUUGCUUUGCCCAGACACCCUCAGCUUUGACUGGUCCAUGGAUGCUGUGCCUCUUCUGAAAGCAGUCAGCGACUGGAGGAAUCUACACACUGUGGCCUUCUAUGCUGGACUCCUCCUCCUCGCCUACUUUAGCUUGAAGGGCUCCGGCAACGAGAGAGAAUGCAAUGGGAAAAGUGUAAUGAAUGGCAAGCAGAAUGCUAAUGGGCAUAGCUGUCACUCAGAGGUGGAAUAUAAGACACUGGAGGGGAAGUCAAGCUUCGCAUCAAAGGAAGAGAAUGGCAUAAAAAGGCAUGAAAUUCAGAAACUGCAGCUUCCUUCAACUGAGAACAUUGUCAUUCUGUCUCUGUCUUUGUUAAUAGUGCCCUUCGUUCCUGCCACAAACCUAUUUUUCUAUGUUGGCUUUGUAAUAGCAGAGCGUGUGCUGUAUGUUCCUAGUAUGGGCUUCUGCCUGCUGGUUACAGUAGGUGUCAGGGCCCUUUAUGUCAAAGCCCAAAAGCGCUUUCUGAAGAACUUGGUCUUUUGUUCCACUGCUGCAUUAAUUGUUUUCUAUGGACUCAAGACUGUUGUCAGGAAUGGGGACUGGCAGAAUGAGGAGAUGCUGUAUAGGUCAGGGAUAAAAGUAAACCCUGCUAAAGCAUGGGGUAACCUUGGAAAUGUUCUCAAGAGCCAGAGCAAGAUUUCUGAAGCUGAAAGCGCCUACAGAAAUGCCUUGUACUACCGCAGCAACAUGGCUGAUAUGCUUUAUAAUUUAGGAUUACUGCUUCAGGAAAACAGCAGAUUUUCAGAGGCAUUGCAUUACUAUAAACUGGCAAUUGGUAGCAGGCCCACAUUAGCCUCUGCCUAUUUAAAUACUGGUAUCAUCCUAAUGAACCAAGGGAAGACAGAGGAAGCCAGGAGGACUUUCCUGAAGUGUUCAGAGAUCCCUGAUGAAAAUUUGAAGGAUCCUCAUGCUCAUAAAAGUUCUGUUACUAGCUGUCUUUAUAACUUAGGAAAACUUUUUCAUGAACAAGGACACUAUGAGGAUGCCCUUACGGUUUACAAAGAAGCAAUACAGAAAAUGCCAAGACAGUUUGCACCACAGAGCUUAUACAAUAUGAUGGGAGAAGCAUAUAUGAGAAUGAGCCGGCUGCCAGAAGCGGAGCACUGGUACGUGGAGUCACUGCGAUCCAAGAGCGACCACAUUCCAGCACAUCUCACCUAUGGGAAACUGCUGGCCCUGACGGGACGCAAGAGUGAGGCAGAAAAGUACUUCGUGAAGGCUAUUCAGCUGGAUCCUACCAAAGGCAACUGCUACAUGCAUUAUGGUCAGUUCCUCCUAGAAGAAUCCCGUCUAAUAGAAGCAGCUGAGAUGGCAAAGAAAGCAGCUGAACUUGAUAAUACAGAAUUCGAUGUUGUUUUCAAUGCAGCCCAUAUGCUCAGACAAGCCAGUCUUAAUGAAGAAGCUGAGAAAUAUUAUGAAAUGGCAGCAGGAUUAAGACCUAAUUAUCCAGCUGCCUUAAUGAAUCUUGGAGCCAUUCUCCAUCUGAAUGGUAAACUGAAAGAGGCUGAAGAAAACUACCUCCUUGCUCUUCAACUUAAACCUGAUGAUGUCAUCACUCAGUCCAAUCUUCGCAAAUUGUGGAAUAUCAUGGAGAAACAAGGUUUAAAGACAGCCAAGACAUGAUACCGAAAACUCUGAACUUUUUUUGUCUUAAAUUGAUUAAAAACCCAAACUAGAACUUCCAUACAGCUGUCUGAUCAGAGAACUCAUUGGACUUGAGUGCAAGGAUCAGAGAUCUUGAUUGAUUGCUGCUAGGAGAAGCUAUUCUGCUUUUUUGGCUUUUUUUUUUUCUCUUUUUUUUUUUUCUAGAUAAAAAGGGAGACUGAGAUAUUCAUGAAGGACUUCAGUGUUAGCCCACAAAAAGAUUUAGAACCACAGCACUCAGAAGAGGGUGUCUUGGCAUAUUUGAUAAAUCAUUGCAAAUCCCACAUUGCUUACUUGUGUGUGGGUACUUGAAAUGUAUACUGUCAUAGAAAUACUAAAGGAAAUUUGUACAGUAUACACUAAACCAUAUGGGAAUAAAAGUGGGAAUAAAAUAGUAGGUUAAAGUAUUUUGUGAUACUGUAACUCAUUAAAAUGCCUACUAAAUCCAGUGUGUUUGCAGUUUGUCUUAAUGCUGCUGUAUCUCACUUUAAGACCACUUAAUUCACAGUUGAUAUGGCCAAUUUUUAUUUUUAUUUUUAAACCUGUCACUUGUGUUUAGAUGGCACAGUCAUAAUUGUUUAGUAAGAAUACAUAUAUUAUUUCAAUUUAUUAAAAAAUUUGUUGCAGUUCUGAGAUGCACAGUCAAAUGGCUAUGGGCUAGACAGAAUGAGCAAGGAAUUGCCCAAAUUCUAUCAUAUUCUAUCUACAAAUCAUAUGUGUAUGUAGAAGCUAAAAAAAAAAAAAAAGUCCAAAGGUGUGAUUUGUCCUGACUUAGCAAUAUGAGUGAGACUGAUAUUUGCCGUGGUAUUGAAUAUGGUCAGAAUGUCAUCUUAAGAAAAAGAAAAAAAAAAAAGAUAAAAAUGUUUGAAUCUUUCCACAUUGUUGUCAGAUAAGAUUGACUUUAAACUAGAUUCUGCAUCCAAUAUUUUUGCAAUAAUUCAGCCAAGUGAGAUUUGAAAAUAUUAGUGCUUGGAUAUGCUACAGAGACUUCAUGAUCAACUCGGAGAGAAGGGAAUGUAAUAAUACAUUGUUGAGGCUAGAAAAUAGGGACUGGAUUAGAUUACGCAUAGAAUAGCGCACAUAGGUCAAGAGAAAUGUGAAACAGUGGUUGCCAGUUACUUUUCACAGUGGUGGUGUUUUAAAAACAUAUUACCUAUUCAGAUUCUAACCAAAUACUAUAAUUCUGUUUGUGUUCUGACAUGUGCUAGCAGCAGAGCUGUCAAAUAUCUAAGUAUGCUUCUGUUGAGGUUCAGUUAAUUUCUGAUUCAGAAUGAUUUGGCCUAGUUACAGUUUUAUUCUUCAGUUUAUAAAUGUAAAAAUAAUUUAUUUUAAAUUGCAGUGUAUUGAAACUUUUGUAAGAUUUUUUUUUCCUCCAGGCCAUUUGUUAACUGCUUUCUUUCUUUGGAAUAAGUAUUAUUGCUUAUAAGAAAAUGUACCGUUUCAUUUAAUGACCUGUUGGUAUCUGCUUCAAUGUUCAUUUCAUAAAGUUAGAUGUAAUGUUAAAGUGGUAGAGCACCUUGAACUGAAGCUUCUUCAGGAUCUUCUGCUAAAAACUCUUUAUUACUGAGAAAGUUUUGUUGUUGGUGGUGUUUUUUUAACUGUUAAGCACCAUUCCAACAAAACCGUAGAAAAGAAUACUUUGCUGUAUUUAUUUAUUUAUUACUUGACUGCAGCAAUGUUACCUGCCAUUAACACAGUAGUCUUCAAGUAUUACUAUUUCUUUUACUUUGUUUUCUUUGCAUUUUUUUUUUUGUGGUUAGUAUGUGUACCUAAUGGGAAGGGGGACACUUGAGUUACUCUUCUUGAUAAUUCUCCACUUAAGCUUGGAUAUAAAUCUGUGUUGAAAUAGAUUGGGGAGUAGCUGUUUCAAAGUCAGUAUAGUAAGAAAAUGUAGUAGUGUGUGUUUCCUUUUCUUUCCUCUUGCUCACUAAAAUAUCAUAUUGCUAAGUUCACAACUGGCCUAGCAGAAGGGCCAGAGGGGCAAGAUUGUUUGGUUUUGUGGAAUGUGUCAAAUUUUUCUCAAAUAAUGUUUUGGCUGGAAAAGCAAAAUUGAAGGGUCAAAAGUUGAAUUUCUACUUUAUCAUUGAAACUAGUGGUAGAACACAAUAGUAGCUGAACUUAUUAUCCUCCUUCACUGUUUUUCUGGAAAAAAUAUAAAAAUAAAUUAGAUAGAACCUGUGACUUAACCCAGUAUAAAACUGUGGUAUCUUGCAGCUUUAUUUGCUCAACAGCCAUCAAACUUCGAUGGCUUCUAGGUCUUAACCAUUCAUUCACUGUGUUAUUUUUCCUUCAAUUUGUACUCAUUCUUGUUUAGUAACUUGUAUUCAUUGCACACAAGAGGGAAGGGGGGAGCACUCAUUUGAUGCAGUAUCAUGCUUGUGUUUUUGCUUGUUUCUUUAAAAAAAAAAAAAGAGAGAAAAAAAGGACUAGCUUAAAUUUAACAAGAAUGUCCCUGAAUACAUUUUUAAAUAUAGGUCUGGGCUUGAUAACUUUCUUCUUUUGGGAUAAAUUUGAAACAUGUUUAGAAUAUGUCUCUCUGCUCAGGGAUUUAUGGUGGAUUAUUGCAGACAGUGCUAAAAAAUAGAAGAGCACAAGACAAGUUUACUAAAUUAAAAUUUUAUUUUUUGAAAAACUGUUAUUUGUAUAAAUUAUCAGAUUUGUAGGCUUUCCUUUUUUUUGUAGAAAUAAUUGUUUAUGUGCCAGAUAAGAGAAUUUCAAUUUUGUUUUCAAUAAUAAAGCAUUGAUAAC